AUGUCAGAAAUUCUCUUAACGACAGAAGCGGAUGCGAAAGAUGCACUCCGUCAACGAAUAGCUAUCUAUUUUGUCUGUGAUGAAUCGCCUGCCGGUGUGCCGACAAACAUUUCUGUGGAUGAUGUGUUCCUUUUCCCAUGCGGAGUACCGGCAAUGUGGAAUGUGCACCAACUCUUACUCGCAUCGUGCCCUUCUCCGAAAAACGUUGUAUCUGGUAAUUGCUUCGUCCCAGCUCUCUAUACACAGACACUCAAAAUUGUCGAGGAAAAUGCCAUAUUCUACGGACACGGUCGUGAUUAUGACACUGAUUGCCUAUACACUAUGCUCACAAGAAAGGUAGCCGAGAAUCCUUCCGUGCCUCCCAUACCUGCUCUCUACACGGAAUGUUCAUCGAAACCUCUACUACCUACCGUGAAUAUCCCGCGUAAACACAAACACUGGGGUGGAGCAUCCGAAAGUGAGGGCGCAGUUAUCAAGCAAGUGUGGUAUCCCAAUGGCGAACAAGACCACGAGAAUAGAGGGUAUGGCGGCCUAUUUUCACUCACGUUCACGAGUUUGGAGGCGUCCCGCGCAUUCUACGAUGCACUAGACGUCGCGAAAGAUCCGAGUUACGGCACGGCGUUCACGUCGACCUAUCCGUAUACAUUGUUGGGUCACUAUUGGGAGCUGGAAUUUGCGGCGGAGUAUGGGGUAGAGGAGGGCUUGUUGAGAGUGGGAAUAGCGUCGGAAGGCUACGAUUCCGAGAUCGUGGAGUUGUGCUUGAGACGCGACCACGUUGCCAGAACUAAUGAUGGGUAUCAUAUCCAGUGGAUGCGGAAAGACCUUUUCAAGGGGACCGGAUAUCAGUCGACACCAACACACGACGAAAUUACAUUCUCCACCUCGGUUCCCAUGGAAAAAUUCCUGCAAACAUUCACGGUUCAGCUUCCCAGUGAGCGUGCAUGGCAGCACAUCCACUGGGACCUAGAGCUCAGGGUAACAGAACUUCAAUAA